AUGCUUAGCACGUCAACUGAUGAUGCUGACUACCCGGUGUGCGAUGUCAGCUUUGCAUACACCCAUGGUGGACCGGAUCGAACUAAUGUCAAUUAUUGGAUGCCAGCUCCCGCCGAUUUCAAAAACCGCUACGUAUCGACUGGCGGCGAAGGAUGGAACAUUACCGAGAAGAAUUCCUUUCUCCCUAGUGGAAUCGACAUGGGUGCGGUGGCCGGUACCACGGACGGUGGAUUUGGUGGCUUUGAUGUUAGCUCCUGGGAAGUCUGGUUGAAUGGCGACGGCGAGGUCAAUUGGGACACUGUCUAUAUGUUUGGUUAUAAGGCCAUCGAUGAGCUUAGUCGGAUCGGCAAGGAACUCACAAAGUCCUUCUACAACAUGUCAGACACCAAGCUUUGGUCCUACUACGAUGGUUGCUCCGAGGGAGACCGCGAGGGCUGGAGCCAGGCCCAGAUCGGAGCUGAUCUAGACGGUGCCCAGAUUCAGCAUCUGUGGUCUCAAUUUGUCGAGUACCAGCUCGACUACUACCUGCCAUAUUGUGAGUUGGAGAAGAUUGUCACCCUCACCACCGAUGCCUGUGAUCAUCUGGACGGCCGGGUAGACGGGGUGGUCGCUCGCACGGAUCUGUGUAAGCUGCAUUUCAACUUGAAUUCGACCAUCGGUGAAGCCUAUAGCUGUGGCUCAUCGACCGAGAUCCCCAAUUUCAUGCCUUAUAUCCCAGCUCAAAAUGGAACCGUGACUGCAGAGGGUGUGGCUGUCGCUCGGGAGAUCCUCAAUGGUGCACAUGACAACCUUGGCCGACGCAUUUACAUGUCCUAUCAGCUUACAGCUUCUUUUCAAGCUGCUGUCACUUCCUAUAACGAGACCACCGGGGAGUAUGGUGCAUACUUCGUUGAGCAGUCCGCCCAGUGGGUUGAAAUUGGGCUGAAUUCGUUGACCAACGGUUCAGCUCUUUCUAGCUUUCAAGGCGUGACAAGGGAUACCUUCCGUGACUGGAUUGCCACUGGCUUCCAGAAAUACUACGAUUCCCUCGAGACCACCUGGCCUGACCUUUCAGUCUGGCACAACGCCGGGGGCAAAGUUCUUCACUACCACGGCGAGUCCGACCCCCAGGUUCCAACCUCUGGCUCAGUCCGUUACUAUGAGUCGGUCCGAAGCAUCAUGUACCCCGAUCUCUCCUACAACCAGGUCCUUCAACCCAACGCUCCGUGGCCGGAGACUACCUUAGCCACCCUAAUUGAUUGGGUCGAGAAGGGAAUCGAGCCCAAGACACUUAAUGGGACUGUGCAGUCUACUGGUGCUCAGCAGCAAAUCUGUGGUUGGCCUCUUCGUCCAUACUGGACCAACAACGGUACCCAGUUCCAGUGCGUCUAUGACCAAGAGUCUCUUGAUACCUGGAAAUACGAACUCGAUGCCUUCAAGAUGCCGGUUUUCUGA